AUGGGAAGAUUAGUGAAGGUUGAAGUUGAAGUGAUCUCCAAGGAGAUUAUCAAACCAUCUUCUCCAACCCCUGACCGUCUUCGCCACUACCAAUUCUCCUUUCUUGAUCAAAUAGCUCCCCAAGUCUACAACCCUUUGCUCCUCUUCUACGAGCACAAAGCCAAGACACAAUUCAACAUCACUGAAAUAUCCAACCACCUCAAGAACUCAUUAUCCGAGGUCUUAACCCUUUUCUACCCUCUAGCCGGACGCAUCAAGCACAACCAGUUCAUACAUUGCAACGAUGAGGGCAUCCCUUUCUUUGAAGCUCGAGUACUGGAUUGCACACUCUCUGAUGUUCUCAAUAACCCUAUACCUGGUGAGCUCAACAAGUUCAUGCCCUUCGAACUUGAUGAUAUUACCAAUUCAUUUCCCUUAGGGGUCCAGCUCAACAUAUUUCAAUGUGGAGGCUUUGCAAUUGGUCUAUGCAUUUCUCAUAAGAUUGCUGAUGGGUUGUCGUAUUUCAUGUUCAGCAAAAUAUGGGCAGCCAUUGCUCGUGGAGACAAAGCCAACAUAAACCCUCCAGAGUUUAUUUCAUCCACCCUCUUCCCACCAAAGGAGUUUAAUAUUGCAUAUGAUGGCGGCGUUGGCAUCACAAAGGACAGGGUAACAAAGCGGUUUGUGUUUGAUUCCUCUCAAAUAGAGAACCUCCGAGCAAGAUAUGAACACAAUAUGCACUUGAAGAAACGCCUAACACGUGUUGAAACCUUAUCCACAUUUUUAUGGAGUCGGUUUGUGGCGGCUACGAAGGAUUGUACCAUGAAUAAGUUGUAUAGGGUGAUCCAUGCUGUGAACUUGCGUCCGAGGUUUGAUCCACCAUUGCCUCAAAGUUCAUUUGGGAAUCUUUUUCGUUUCUCCAUGACAGCUCCACUACGAAUUCCAAGUAGUGGUGGCGAUGAAGAAUGUGAUCACGACGUGGUGAUCCAGGCGGUACGAGAAGCAGUAGGCAAGAUAGACAAUGAGUAUGUGAAGAAAUUACAAAAGCAACGUGAUGAGCACUUGGGUGUGAUGAAGAAACAAGCUGAUAGUUUUAAGAGAGGAGAGAUGGGUACGUUACUUAACUUUAGUAGCUAUUGUAGAUUUCCUCUUUAUGACAAUGAUUUUGGUUGGGGAAGGCCUACGUGGGUUGGCUCACCGGAACUCACCUACAAGAACCUUGUGCUUUUCAUGGACACCAAAGAGGGUGGUGGAAUAGAGGCUUAUGUUAGUUUGGAGGAGGAAGUCAUGGCUAAGUUUGAAUGUGAUAGCGAGUUACUCUCCUAUGUUGCUCCAACGGUCGGGUGCUGCUAA